AUGAUAUUAAAAAGGAGCAGGUUAUUUUUUGUAGCCUUCCAAGGACGCAGAAAUUUUUCUGAAAAUAAAAAUUAUAUAAAUAACAGUUACCUGAAUUAUAUACAAGGAAAUAAGCAAAAUGAAAAUGAUCAGAAGAAAAAAGAGGAGGUACCACAUGUUAAUGAAAAACUACACAUAAAGAACAACCAACAUAUGGGAAAUCAUGUCGAAAAUGUUAAAGACAUGUCAUCACAUAAUACGUUAGAAAAUAAGGAAUUCAAUUCCUCAGCCAAUAAUAGAACAAAUGGAAAGACAAAAUUUAUAGAUGAUAUAAAAUUGAAUCCCUUUCCUGAUGUGAACCAUACCCAUGAACAGUUGAAGAAUUAUGCUAAUAUUCAUUUUGAAAAAACAACUAAUAGAGAGUUCAAAUCAGACGAGGUCCAAGGGAACUCAGACCACCAGAUUCUUAAAAAGAAUCAGAAGGGAAAAGAAAAACACCAAAACAAAAAUAAUAACAGUAACAUUAGAAGUAGUUAUAUAGAUGAUCACAACUCGUGUGAUCAUAACAAUUAUGACAACGUGAAAAAUAGCGAAAACGAAACUUCCAGUAUUGUAAAAGAUAAAUCUGAACACAAAAAUAAACCAUUUAAAUCACAAGUAGAAAAUGUGAAAAGUUAUAAAGAUGCAUAUAUAAAUAAUGAUGUAAACGAAUUCGAAAAUCUAAAUGAUGUACAGAAUAAUUCCACAAAAUUGAAUAACACAGACGAAGAUAUAUUAAAUAUGAAAGAUAUAAAACAUGAAAUAAAUAACCAUGAGCAUUCAGAAAAUAUUUCCUUUGAAAACAAACAAGAAUUUUCACAAGAACAAGAAUUCAAUAACAACCCUAAUGAUAAUUCAGAAAAAUGGACAGAGAAUGACGAAGAUAUACCAAACAUUUUUGAAGUAGAUGAAAAUUUAAGUGAAGAAGAAAAAAAGGAAAAGUUGAAUUUGAUAAAACUCAUUACCGAAAAAUUAGCUGGACCCUUGAAAACAAAUACAAAAGACAAUCCCAUUAAUAAUAAUGUGGGAGACCAGAAAAAUAACGAAGACUCUAUAUUUGCUGACAAUAGACCAAUAGCUAUAGAAGUCGAUGGACCAUCUCACUUCUAUGCAAAUAGUAACAGGUAUACAACAUACACAAAGUUAAAGCAUAGAAUUCUGACAAAACUAGGCUACAAUGUUAUUCAUAUAAGCUACAUCGACUGGAGGAAACUGAGGAACAAAAGCGAAAGGGAAGAAUUCAUUUUAAAGAAGUUGAAAGAAAAAAAUGACGAAUUUUUGGACGACAAUGACAGGAUAUAUUAUAAUGAAAGGAUGAACAUGAUUAAGGAAGAUUAUGAGAAGUACAUGAAGGAAAAAAAGGAAAAUAGCUCCUAA